GUUUAAAUUCUGUCUUUAUCUGCUUGCUCGGAGUUUUUUUUUUUCAAUUACAUUUCAACCGAACAUCAAUUUAGGUCUCGGAAUUUCGCAGCCAUGGCUCAAACCAGCAACAAUGUCAGUCGAGUUUUUCGUUUGGCACUUGGCGUUGAUAACACCUUUAGAAGGAAAUUUGAUGGAGAAGAAUAUUUGGAACGAGCUCGGAGCGAGGCAGAGGGGAAAAAUCAAUCCAAAUGCCCUCCAGUGCAAAGAAAGCCAUUGAAACAUAGAGAUUAUGAAGUGGACCUUGAAUCUCGCUUGGGAAAAACUCAAGUUGUUACUCCUAUAGCACCUCUCAGUCAACAGGCUGGAUAUUACUGUUCAGUUUGUGAAUGUGUGGUAAAGGACUCUGCAAACUACUUGGAUCAUAUAAAUGGAAAGAAACAUCAAAGAGCUUUGGGUAUGUCCAUGCGAGUAGAGAGGGCAUCUCUUAAACAGGUCCAGGAGAGAUUUGAAGUUCUGAAGAAGAGGAAAGACCCUGGGAGCUUUUCAGAGCAAGAUCUUGAUGAGCGGAUUCUAAAGCAGCAGCAGGAAGAGGAGGAGCGGAAACGCCAGCGUCGAGAAAGGAAGAAAGAAAAGAAGAGAGAAAAGGCAGCAGAAGAGGAACCAGAAGUGGAUCCUGAUAUUGCAGCUAUGAUGGGAUUCGGGGGUUUCGGUUCAUCGAAGAAGUAAUUUCAGGAAUAGCUUUCGCCAAUGCAAUUUUCAAUAGCACUAUUUGUAUUUUAUCCCUUGGUUAACUCAAUGUUCUGUAGAGACAGCCAAAUUCUAGAUUGCAAUGCAGACUUGUAAAAUAGUUACUUUCCAUUUUUUUUUUCUUGCUUGAAAAGAAACUUUUCAUACACUAAAUAGAGAAUUGUUUUAAAUUUAUAAGGGGCUUAGUUGAUGGUUUCUU